AUGAGCACCAAAAUAGCUGCCAUUAAUGAUGCAGACGUUCAUAGGAUCACAUCAGGUCAGGUAAUUGUGGACUUGACCUCGGCGGUCAAAGAGUUGCUGGAUAACAGUAUCGACUCUAAGGCUGAUCAAUUUGAAUGUGUUUUCAAAAACUACGGGAUGGAGUCUCUGGAAUGUAGCGAUAAUGGAAGUGGCGUCCCUGAGAAUAGCUACGGAAGUCUAGCAUUGAAGCAUCACACGUCUAAAAUAUCUAGUUUCGAAGAUGUCUCGCAAGUUAGAACGCUGGGAUUCAGAGGGGAGGCCUUGUCGUCUUUAGCAACAAUUGCCAAUUUAGUUGUGAUAACAACUACGAACCCCCCAAAAGCCGCACGCUUGGAAUUCAAUUUUAAAGGAGAGUUGACAAAAAAUACUGUCACUUCUCGCAACAAAGGCACUACUGUGCAGGUUUCGCAACUUUUCAACAAUCUUCCAGUGCGCAAGAAAGAAUUCACGCGUAAUCAUAAGCGACAGUUCAACAAAUGCAUUGCCCUGCUACAACAAUACACGAUAAUCCAAGACCGCAUGAAGAUAUCAGUAUGGCACAUCACGAACAAUGGACGUCGGACGUUAGUUUUAUCUUCUACAAAAGACCAAGGCAUCCCUAAGAGAAUUAUUGGAGUUUUUGGAUCUGCUGCAAUGCAAGGUCUUUCUGAUAUCAAGCUACGACUUGAAAUAAACUCAAAUAAAUCAUGGGCGAGUCAAGUUUUCGAAGGUGAAUUUAAGAACCCGUCAGAAUACAUUGUUGAAGUUUCAGGUUACAUUUCCAAGAACUCCUUUGGGUGUGGAAGAAAUACCAAAGAUCGUCAGUUUAUCUUCAUCAAUCGCCGGCCAGUCCUUUACCCAUCACUUGUUAAGUGUAGUAAUGAAGUAUAUCGUAGCCACAAUAAUGUCCAAUUUCCAGUCUUCUUUCUUAACUUCGAAGUGGCUCCGGAGUUUCUUGAUAUCAAUGUUACCCCAGAUAAGAGGACAGUGAUAUUGCAUGCUGAGAACGCUGUUAUUGAUGCUUUCAGAGAUGCCUUGGCAGAUUACUACUCUGAUCAGGAAAUGGUGAUACCAUUAUCUUCUAGUAUAAGAGUAAAGACUGAUCAGCAAGAGCCAGACUUUAAGAGAGCUAAAAUCGAGCCUAUGAGCCAAGAACUCGAUUUCCAGUUCCAAAAAGAUGAAUCGGGUGAACCAGAGACUCCGGCUGAAGUGGUUGAAGAGACUGGACCUGCAGAGUUUGUGACAGAUUCUACGACUGAUUGCGUAGGAAUAGAAGAGCGAGAGCCCAAUAUUUUUGUUCAAGACUCAGAGCCCUCUGGUGAAGAAAGUGGGAGUGAUAUGCCGGAGAUUAUUACGGUGCGCACAAGCGAAUCAAACCCUACAGCCAUUGGCAAGCUGCCGCCCCGUGGCAUCAACAGCAAACAAAGUAAAGAAAUGGCUCAUAUACCAACGCAACAAAAGUUGGACCUCUUUAUUAACCCAGCACAAAAGAAAUAUCCAGAUUUGUAUGUGAACGAUUUUGAUUCGGUAGAGGAGCCACUGACUUUACAGAUUGGUGAUGAACGAAUUGAAGAGAAGGCAAGGAUCACUCGCGAUAAUCAUUUACUCUUCCCUGAACAAACAGGAAAAACGAGUUCCCAUGGCUCAUGCAACUGUUCAUCUGCAGGCGAUGAAGGCCUGAGCGAUGAUGAUUUGAGUGAAGGCGUAAGCGGUGGCACCUUGCGGGGUCAAGAUCCAAGUAGUAACACUCAAAAACUGGCAGAUCAUCAACGAAGCUUUAAUGGCCAAGAACACGAAAAAUUACCACCUAUUGUCGAACUAGAUGCUGAUGCACCUCUGUUGGCACGGGCUCCAUCGCCUAGAAGUAGUCCAAAAGACUGUACGCAUCUGCUCGAAUCUGACAUUCUUUGUACUACUUUACAACUGAGCUCAGAUGCGAUACGUCAAGCAUUUUCCGACGUUUCACAGGUGGUAGAGCGACAAAGUUCGAGAAAUCAUAAGAAUCACAUACAAAAGAAUGAACAACUGGAGAACUUCGAAGAAGGGGAGAGAUAUUUGACCCUGACGGUAUCAAAAGCGGAUUUUAAGAAGAUGGAAAUAGUGGGACAAUUUAAUUUAGGGUUCAUUCUAGUAACGAGACGACAGGGUAAAAAAUUCGACCUGUUUAUCGUUGACCAACAUGCCAGUGAUGAGAAAUUCAAUUUUGAAAUGCUUCAAAGAACGACAGUUUUGAAAUCACAACGCCUGAUUGCUCCGCAAAUUGUGGAAAUGAGCGUUAUGGAUGAACUUAUAGCCAUGGAGAACUUGCAUGUCUUUGAGAAAAACGGUUUUAAACUUGAAGUGGAUGAAAACCAACCGCAAGGCUGCAGGGUCAAACUAGUCAGCUUGCCCGUUUCGAAAAAAACUGUCUUUGACAUGAACGAUCUGCAUGAAUUAAUCCAUUUUGUUAAAGAAUCAGACGGACUGAAUAAAGACGCUCUUAGAUGCUCUAAAGUCAGAGCCAUGUUGGCUAUGCGUGCUUGUCGUAGUAGCAUCAUGGUUGGUAAACCUCUAGUCAAGAAGUCAAUGGUGCGCGUUAUACGAAAUUUGAGCGAGCUUGACAAACCUUGGAACUGCCCACAUGGCAGGCCUACAAUGCGGCAUCUAAUGGAGCUGCGUGACUGGAAUGUAUUUGAUGACGAUUACGUCCUAUGA